AUGUGUUGUUCCGGCUUUCUCAAAAUUAUGAUGUUCAUCUUCAAUGGCGGCAUCUUUUUAGCAGGUGCAGUCAUUCUGGGUGUGGGAAUUUGGGUGCAGGUGGACAGUAAUUCCUUUCUUGAUAUACUGGAUGAGGUGGAAGACGCCUCCUCGUUAUCACAACUGGUAAACGUCAGCUACCUGCUCAUUGCCGUGGGUGCUGUACUACUGGUGAUUGGCUUCCUGGGCUGCUGUGGUGCCAUCAGGGAGAGCAAGUGCAUGCUGCUGACGUUCUUCAGUAUUGUUUUGAUUAUCUUCCUCAUCGAGGUUGCAGGAGCCAUUGUGCUCUUUGUCUUCAAAGAUGUGGCUGGUGAGCUUCUUCAGGAACUGGAGAAAAACGUCCAAAAGACCAUUGUAAACAACUAUGGAAAAAAUGAGAAACUGACUUCUGUUUGGAACAACACAAUGGAAGAGCUUAAAUGCUGUGGAUACAGGAACUACACAGAUUUUACAGACUCGCCUUUUUACAAUAACGGUGGGAAAGGUCUCUAUCCAACCCCAUGCUGUAAUUCAACCAUUAGUACUGAUACAUGCAAUGAAAACACAGCGAAAAAAGCGAACAUCGAUGGCUGCUUUGACAAACUGCUGCAGCUGAUAGAGGACAACGCUCUGGUCAUUGCAGGUGUGGCAAUGGGGAUCGCUGCUCUCGAGAUCGCUGCCAUGGUGGUUUCAAUGGUUCUCUACUGCAAGGCUGGAAAAGAUCGAUAA